CUAUCGUCCGGUGAUAAAAGUCGAUGGGGAUAAUAAUGCGUUGAUACUGGUAUACAGUGUCGGUGCAUACAGAAGAGAGACAGAAUGCCUUCUGGCAGUACAUAUGUGUAUGUAGGUAGAUGCUCUGAUACUGGUGGUGGGUCUGGUUAUGCGUUUUAUAUGUUGUAUAUAGUACAGGGUCUCGCGUGCACCAGUAUGAGUAAAAUAAAACACGAGUUGUGGAGUAGUAUAGUCUGGCCCGCGUCCGCUUGUCUGACUGUCAGUGGGUCGUUGAACCCCCCUUACCUCGCUGUCCACCGCCGUCAUUGCGAGGCCGUUGUUGCUUUUAAGUGUAAGCCAGCAGCCGUCCAGAGGAGAGUUAACUUGCUCAAUCAUAUAUGA